GAAAGCUGAUUGGUCAGACCGUCUGGCUGCGCGCCCCGCCCACAUCCGGGUCUCUGAGGCGCGGUGGCGACGGCGUUGGGCCGCCAUUGUGGUGGGGAACCGCGGGGCGUCGCGGCAGCCGGUGCGUCGCCAUGGCCGCCGUCUUCCCGUACCGCGGCGGCUGCGCCCCGGUGCCCACCCCGCUGGCGCCGCUGCCCGACUACAUGUCUGAGGAGAAGCUGCAGGAGAAAGCCCGCAAGUGGCAGCAGCUGCAGGCCAAGCGCUAUGCGGAGAAGAGGAAAUUCGGCUUCGUGGACGCGCAGAAAGAGGACAUGCCCCCCGAGCACGUCCGGAAGAUCAUCCGCGACCACGGCGACAUGACCAACAGGAAGUUCCGUCACGACAAGCGUGUCUACCUGGGUGCUCUGAAGUACAUGCCUCAUGCUGUUCUGAAGCUCUUGGAGAACAUGCCCAUGCCAUGGGAGCAGAUCAGAGAUGUUCCAGUCUUGUACCAUAUCACAGGCGCCAUCUCUUUUGUGAAUGAGAUUCCCUGGGUGAUAGAGCCAGUGUACAUUGCUCAGUGGGGGUCAAUGUGGAUUAUGAUGAGGCGAGAGAAGAGAGAUAGACGUCACUUCAAGAGGAUGAGGUUCCCCCCGUUUGAUGAUGAAGAACCCCCUCUGGAUUAUGCUGAUAACAUCCUGGAUGUGGAGCCCCUGGAAGCAAUUCAGCUUGAGCUGGAUCCAGAGGAGGAUGCUCCUGUGCUGGACUGGUUCUAUGACCACCAGCCGCUGAAAGACAACAGGAAGUAUGUAAACGGUUCAACAUACCAGCGUUGGCAGUUCACUCUCCCAAUGAUGUCCACGCUGUACCGGCUGGCUAAUCAACUGCUCACUGACCUUGUGGAUGACAACUAUUUCUAUUUGUUUGACCUGAAAGCAUUCUUUACCUCCAAGGCACUGAACAUGGCUAUUCCUGGAGGUCCCAAGUUUGAGCCUCUUGUCAGAGACAUCAAUCUUCAGGAUGAAGACUGGAAUGAGUUUAAUGACAUCAACAAAAUUAUCAUCAGGCAGCCGAUCAGGACAGAGUACAAAAUUGCUUUCCCGUACCUGUACAAUAACCUGCCACACCAUGUCCACCUGACCUGGUAUCAUACUCCAAACGUCGUUUUCAUUAAAACAGAAGAUCCUGAUCUCCCAGCUUUUUACUUUGAUCCACUGAUCAACCCCAUUUCACACAGACAUUCUGUCAAGAGUCAAGAACCGUUGCCUGAUGAUGAUGAAGAGUUUGAAUUGCCAGAGUUUGUGGAACCUUUCCUGAAGGAUACCCCACUCUACACAGAUAACACAGCCAACGGCAUUGCCUUGCUGUGGGCCCCACGGCCCUUCAACUUGAGGUCUGGGAGGACUCGGAGAGCUCUUGAUAUCCCACUGGUCAAGAACUGGUAUCGUGAGCACUGCCCAGCAGGCCAGCCAGUGAAAGUGCGAGUCUCCUAUCAGAAGCUACUGAAAUACUACGUUCUGAAUGCGCUCAAGCACAGACCCCCAAAGGCCCAGAAGAAGAGGUACCUGUUCCGCUCCUUCAAGGCUACAAAGUUUUUCCAGUCGACGAAGCUGGACUGGGUGGAAGUAGGCCUGCAGGUGUGUCGCCAGGGCUACAAUAUGCUGAACUUGCUGAUCCACAGAAAGAACCUGAACUACCUUCACUUGGAUUACAACUUCAACCUGAAGCCCGUGAAGACACUCACCACUAAGGAAAGGAAAAAAUCUCGUUUUGGUAAUGCUUUCCAUUUGUGCCGAGAGGUUUUGCGGCUCACUAAGUUGGUGGUGGACAGCCACGUCCAAUACAGACUUGGAAAUGUGGAUGCGUUUCAGUUGGCGGAUGGCUUGCAGUACAUCUUUGCCCAUGUGGGUCAGCUGACAGGAAUGUACCGAUACAAAUACAAACUGAUGCGGCAGAUUCGUAUGUGCAAGGACCUGAAACAUCUCAUCUACUACAGGUUUAACACAGGGCCUGUGGGCAAAGGUCCUGGCUGUGGCUUCUGGGCUCCUGGCUGGAGAGUAUGGCUGUUCUUCAUGAGGGGCAUCACGCCACUGCUGGAACGCUGGCUGGGGAAUCUGCUGGCCAGGCAGUUUGAAGGCCGUCACUCCAAGGGUGUAGCAAAGACUGUCACGAAGCAGCGUGUGGAGUCUCACUUUGACCUGGAGCUGAGGGCAGCCGUUAUGCAUGACAUUCUGGACAUGAUGCCAGAAGGAAUCAAACAGAACAAAGCCAGAACCAUCCUGCAGCAUCUGAGCGAGGCGUGGCGGUGCUGGAAGGCCAAUAUCCCCUGGAAGGUGCCGGGGCUGCCAACUCCUAUUGAAAACAUGAUCCUGAGGUAUGUGAAGGCAAAAGCUGACUGGUGGACAAAUACAGCUCACUACAACAGGGAGCGGAUCCGUCGAGGUGCCACUGUCGACAAAACUGUCUGUAAGAAGAAUCUGGGCCGGCUGACCAGACUCUACUUAAAAGCUGAGCAGGAGCGGCAGCAUAAUUACUUGAAGGAUGGGCCUUACAUCACUGCGGAAGAGGCUGUUGCUGUGUACACAACCACAGUGCACUGGCUGGAAAGCAGGAGGUUCUCGCCCAUUCCCUUCCCCCCGCUGUCCUACAAACAUGACACCAAGUUGCUCAUAUUAGCCCUGGAGAGGCUGAAGGAAGCUUACAGUGUGAAGUCUCGCCUGAAUCAGUCACAGAGAGAGGAGUUAGGCUUGAUUGAACAGGCUUAUGAUAAUCCUCAUGAAGCUCUGUCCAGAAUCAAGCGACACCUUUUAACUCAGAGAGCCUUCAAGGAAGUGGGUAUUGAGUUCAUGGAUCUCUACAGCCACUUAGUUCCUGUUUAUGAUGUUGAGCCCUUGGAGAAAAUCACAGAUGCUUAUCUGGAUCAGUACUUGUGGUAUGAGGCUGAUAAGCGACGACUCUUCCCCCCAUGGAUCAAACCUGCUGACACUGAACCUCCUCCACUGUUGGUGUACAAGUGGUGCCAAGGCAUUAAUAAUCUGCAAGACGUUUGGGAAACGAGUGAAGGUGAAUGCAAUGUGAUGCUGGAAUCUCGAUUUGAGAAGAUGUAUGAGAAGAUUGACCUGACAUUGCUCAACAGGCUGUUGCGUCUUAUUGUUGAUCACAACAUUGCUGACUACAUGACAGCAAAGAACAACGUGGUGAUCAACUACAAGGACAUGAAUCACACGAAUUCCUACGGGAUUAUUCGUGGGCUGCAGUUUGCUUCCUUCAUUGUCCAGUAUUAUGGGCUGGUGAUGGACCUGCUGGUGCUGGGUCUGCACCGUGCCAGUGAAAUGGCUGGGCCUCCCCAGAUGCCAAAUGACUUCCUCAGCUUCCAAGACAUUGCCACUGAGGUAGCCCAUCCCAUUCGCCUCUUCUGUAGAUACAUCGACCGUAUUCACAUCUUCUUCAGGUUUACAGCAGAUGAGGCAAGAGACUUGAUUCAACGGUACCUGACAGAGCACCCAGAUCCCAACAAUGAGAACAUCGUAGGCUACAACAACAAGAAGUGCUGGCCCCGGGAUGCUCGGAUGCGCCUCAUGAAACAUGAUGUGAACCUUGGUCGUGCUGUAUUCUGGGAUAUCAAGAACCGUUUGCCUCGAUCAGUCACCACAGUGCAGUGGGAGAAUAGCUUCGUAUCCGUUUACAGCAAGGAUAACCCCAAUUUGCUGUUUAACAUGUGCGGUUUUGAGUGCCGCAUCUUGCCCAAGUGCCGCACCAGCUACGAGGAGUUCACCCACAAGGAUGGUGUCUGGAACCUGCAGAAUGAGGUCACCAAGGAGCGCACAGCUCAGUGCUUCCUGCGUGUGGAUGAUGAGUCUAUGCAGAGAUUUCACAACAGAGUGAGGCAGAUCCUCAUGGCGUCUGGCUCCACAACCUUCACUAAGAUUGUCAAUAAAUGGAAUACAGCUCUGAUUGGCUUGAUGACAUAUUUCCGGGAAGCUGUUGUAAAUACUCAGGAGUUGCUUGAUUUGCUGGUGAAGUGUGAAAAUAAGAUCCAGACUCGAAUCAAAAUUGGUCUGAAUUCCAAAAUGCCCAGCCGUUUUCCACCAGUGGUAUUUUACACCCCUAAAGAGCUGGGAGGACUGGGCAUGCUCUCCAUGGGCCACGUUCUUAUCCCGCAGUCUGACCUGAGGUGGUCCAAGCAGACGGAUGUUGGCAUCACUCACUUCCGCUCAGGAAUGAGUCAUGAGGAGGACCAGCUCAUCCCCAAUUUGUAUCGUUACAUCCAGCCAUGGGAGAGUGAAUUCAUUGACUCUCAGAGAGUAUGGGCAGAGUAUGCCCUCAAGCGACAAGAGGCUAUAGCCCAGAACAGGCGUCUGACGCUGGAGGAUCUGGAGGACUCGUGGGACAGAGGAAUUCCUCGUAUUAACACUCUUUUCCAGAAGGACCGGCAUACCCUAGCUUAUGAUAAAGGAUGGAGAGUCAGGACUGACUUCAAACAGUAUCAGGUCUUGAAACAGAACCCGUUCUGGUGGACACAUCAGCGCCAUGAUGGGAAACUCUGGAACCUGAACAACUACCGCACAGAUAUGAUCCAGGCACUUGGUGGAGUGGAAGGGAUCCUGGAGCACACUCUUUUCAAGGGCACUUACUUCCCCACAUGGGAGGGUCUCUUCUGGGAGAAGGCCAGUGGCUUUGAGGAGUCUAUGAAGUGGAAGAAGCUGACAAAUGCCCAGAGAUCGGGUUUGAACCAGAUUCCAAACAGAAGAUUCACCUUGUGGUGGUCUCCUACCAUUAACAGAGCCAACGUAUAUGUUGGGUUUCAGGUGCAGCUGGAUUUGACAGGCAUCUUUAUGCAUGGCAAGAUCCCCACGCUGAAGAUUUCUCUCAUUCAGAUUUUCCGAGCUCAUUUGUGGCAAAAGAUCCAUGAGAGCAUUGUAAUGGAUUUGUGUCAGGUGUUUGAUCAAGAGCUGGAUGCUCUGGAGAUUGAGACAGUGCAGAAAGAAACGAUCCAUCCCAGGAAGUCAUACAAGAUGAAUUCCUCGUGUGCAGAUAUCCUUCUUUUUGCUUCCUAUAAGUGGAAUGUGUCACGUCCAUCAUUGCUCGCAGAUUCCAAAGAUGUGAUGGACAGCACCACCACUCAGAAGUACUGGAUAGAUAUCCAGCUGCGCUGGGGAGAUUACGAUUCCCAUGAUAUCGAGCGCUAUGCAAGAGCCAAGUUCCUGGACUACACUACAGACAACAUGAGUAUCUAUCCAUCUCCCACUGGUGUGCUCAUUGCCAUUGAUCUGGCCUAUAACUUGCACAGUGCUUAUGGGAACUGGUUCCCUGGGAGCAAACCGCUGAUCCAGCAGGCUAUGGCAAAAAUUAUGAAAGCAAAUCCUGCGCUGUAUGUGUUGAGAGAACGAAUCCGCAAGGGGUUGCAGCUCUACUCCUCUGAGCCCACAGAACCGUACCUUUCCUCCCAGAACUAUGGAGAGCUCUUCUCCAACCAGAUCAUCUGGUUUGUGGAUGACACCAAUGUGUACAGAGUGACCAUUCACAAGACUUUUGAAGGGAAUUUGACCACAAAACCCAUCAAUGGAGCCAUUUUCAUCUUCAAUCCCAGAACUGGACAGCUCUUCCUGAAGAUCAUCCAUACAUCUGUGUGGGCAGGACAGAAGCGUCUUGGACAGCUGGCCAAAUGGAAGACUGCUGAAGAAGUGGCUGCCUUGAUUCGAUCACUUCCUGUGGAGGAGCAGCCUAAGCAGAUCAUAGUGACGCGGAAGGGCAUGUUGGACCCGCUUGAGGUGCACUUGCUGGAUUUCCCCAAUAUUGUGAUCAAAGGCUCAGAGUUGCAGCUGCCCUUCCAGGCCUGUCUGAAAGUGGAAAAGUUCGGUGAUCUCAUCCUGAAGGCCACCGAACCCCAGAUGGUUCUCUUCAACCUCUAUGAUGACUGGCUGAAAACCAUCUCUUCCUACACGGCAUUCUCUCGUUUGAUUCUGAUUCUCCGGGCACUACAUGUGAAUAACGAUCGAGCCAAAGUUAUUCUGAAACCAGAUAAGACAACCAUAACUGAGCCUCACCACAUCUGGCCGACCCUGACAGAUGAGGAGUGGAUCAAGGUGGAGGUGCAGCUGAAGGAUCUCAUCCUUGCUGACUAUGGCAAGAAGAACAAUGUGAACGUUGCAUCCCUGACACAGUCAGAGAUCCGAGACAUUAUCCUGGGCAUGGAGAUCUCUGCCCCCUCUCAGCAGAGACAGCAAAUUGCAGAAAUUGAGAAGCAAACCAAGGAGCAGUCGCAACUGACAGCCACGCAGACCCGCACUGUUAACAAACAUGGGGAUGAGAUCAUCACCUCUACAACCAGCAACUAUGAAACCCAGACUUUCUCCUCCAAGACUGAGUGGCGAGUCAGAGCGAUUUCUGCUGCCAACCUCCACCUCCGAACAAACCACAUUUAUGUUUCAUCAGACGAUAUAAAGGAAACAGGCUAUACGUACAUUCUUCCCAAGAAUGUGUUGAAGAAAUUCAUCUGCAUCUCAGAUCUGCGGGCCCAGAUUGCGGGUUACCUGUAUGGAGUGAGCCCUCCUGACAACCCCCAAGUGAAGGAGAUCCGGUGCAUUGUGAUGGUGCCACAGUGGGGAACGCACCAGACUGUGCAUCUCCCGGGGCAGCUGCCGCAGCAUGAAUAUCUCAAGGAAAUGGAACCUCUGGGGUGGAUUCACACCCAACCAAACGAGUCCCCUCAGCUCUCACCGCAGGAUGUCACAACCCAUGCCAAGGUCAUGGCUGACAACCCCUCCUGGGAUGGGGAGAAGACUAUCAUCAUCACCUGCAGUUUUACGCCAGGCUCCUGCACGCUGACAGCCUACAAACUGACCCCGAGCGGCUACGAGUGGGGCAGGCAGAACACGGACAAAGGGAACAACCCCAAGGGCUACCUGCCAUCCCACUACGAGAGGGUGCAGAUGCUGCUCUCGGAUCGCUUCCUUGGCUUCUUCAUGGUCCCAGCGCAAGGGUCCUGGAACUACAACUUCAUGGGUGUUCGCCACGACCCCAACAUGAAGUAUGAGCUGCAGCUCGCUAACCCCAAGGAGUUUUACCACGAGGUCCAUCGUCCUUCUCACUUCCUCAACUUUGCCCUGCUGCAGGAGGGGGAGGUCUACUCUGCCGACCGGGAGGACCUCUACGCCUAGUCCUGCCCUCUCCCCCCCACUCUUUAGUACUGUUGAUAUUCAACAGCGUCUGUCUGUCCCCGCUAUUCCUUCAACAGCGUCUGUCUGUCCCUGCUGCUCCUCCUCGCCCCCCGCGUAGCUCCCCUGCCCCCCGUGCCGUGUCGCGUUGUUGUACCCUCUCCAGUGGCUCAAUAAACCUUUUUUUUUUUUUUUUUUUUAAAUACGAA